GUUGGGUGGGAAAAGGGAUGAGGCUCCUUUAAAUGAAGAGAGAGAGAGAGAGAGAGAGAGAGAGAGAGAGAGAGAAGCAGAACUGUCUCCAAAGAACCAAAAAUGUCACAUUUUGUCAUGGGCAUUUUUAUUUUUGCACAACAAGGAAUAGAAAGGAAACUUUGGGCAAUCUCAGAGCCAGAGAAUAUGGGGCAUCUGUGGCCCUCCAGGCUGUUAUAGACUGCAAUGGGGGGCAGUGUGGUUUAGUGGUUAGAGCACUGGACUGGGACUGGAGGUUUCGAAUCAUGCCCCACAGCCAGGCCAUGUUCCUCCAGCCUCAUGAGGAGCCUCUUUUGUGGGGCUAGCGAGUCUGGACCUAGGCCACGUGGAAAGGGUCUUGCAGUGUGCGGCCGUCAUGCCCCACAGCCAGGCAAAUUUAUUUCAUACCACACCAUAUGGCAGCCAUUUUGUGUUUUGCUAUGUUCUCAUUGGUAGCCAAUUGGUGGACUGGCCCAUGUAGCACUUUCCCAAAAUUGGUCUGGCUCCAUAUAAGGCAGCUGCCUCUGUUCUUAUCAUAUGAAAUACCCCACUUUGUAUAUUAAUAGGAGCACGGGAUGUUCUGCAUUUAUAUCCGCGGGGGGGGGGGAUCUCAUGAGCGAUAUGUCCAAAUCUGUUUUUACGCUUGGGGGGCUGCUGCGUCGCUUGUUCCUGAACCUUUUCUUCUUCCCAAAUGACCUGAAGAUCCAUUGCACACCUUGACUUGCAUGAAACCUCCUCUCUCUUAUUUGCUCAGUGAACCAGACCGGGAGAAGGAGGAAUGAAGGAAAACAGAAAUCCGGCCUGAGAACGGAGGUCCCUGUCAAGAGAAUGGCCAAGAUCUCCUCAGGUGAGGAUGAAAGGGGAGGCAGGGAAAAGCAAAGAGCCCCUGAAAACAUCCCCCCACUCGGGAAGAACUUGUUGGCCAAACCCCUGCACGGAAGUGUAUCUGCAUGAAGACAGUCAGCACUUUUCUAUUGGAUGGGUGUCACUGAGCAGAGUUUUCAAUGGAGAUGGUGUAUCCGGAUUAAGUGGGGGAAACAGAAUGGGGGAGCAUUUGGGUGUGGAUGAUGUCAUGCAGAUACAGAACUGGACUUGCGUCUUUGACGGGGUGAGCUCCCAUUGCUCGGUCCCAGCUCCUGCCAACCUAGCAGUUCCAAACCACGUCAAAGUGCAAGUAGAUAAAUAGGUACCGCUCUGGAGGGACGGUAAACGGCGUUUCUGUGUGCUGUUCUGGUUUCGCCAGAAGUGGCUUAGUCAUGUUGGCCACAUGACCCGGAAAAACUGUCUGCGGACCAACGUCGGCUGCCACGGCCAGUAAAGCCAGAUGAGUGGCACACCCCCGAGUUGCUCGUGACUGGACUUAAGUGUCAGGGGUCCUUUACCUUUACCUUUUUAAAAGCACUGCACACUGCCAUGCGAUGUGAAAGUGCUUCAUCUUAUCAAUGGUCACAACUCCUGAAAUGAAUGGAUGGCUCCAAUGCUCCAUUUGCUGCCUUCCUUCAAACAUUAACAUUUGUGUAUGUUCUAAGAUGUUUAAAAUAGUCAAAAAGAUGACAGCUGUUAAUUCCUCUGAAUUUGAUAUCUUCUUUAGAUUUUUAAAGGCUGGCUCCCAAAGUUAUUUAGGCCUAUUGCUUGGCCGAAUGUUAAUCACACACACACACUUCAGUGGAAACUGCAUGCAGCUGAGCAGCUCACAUUCGGAGCAUCAACACAGAAAGGAACAGAAAGAAAGCAACACAAAUACUUUGACAGAAGUGUCUUAGGAAAGCGAUUUUAAAUCAUGGACACCUAGGUUCUGAAAAUGGUAUUGCCUGUAUUGGUGUGAGGGAUGGGGUCCCAUGGCACACAUUCCAUGUGGUCCCAGUGCAAAGGAAAAGAGCUAAGAUCUUCUCCCUUACUAUAAUGUCCAAACAAGAUGGGAUGGGGAAGAAGAAUGAUAGGUUUGUAAGGAGUCUUCAAUAAUUUUGCCAAGGAGAUUCUUAUUGUUCAGGGCCUCAUGCUAUUAGCCUUUCUUGUACAUGGAGAUCCUUUAUGAAAUGCAUUCAGGCCCAUCAAACAAAUCUGUACUGAGAUACACAUACUGUAUCACCAUUUUUACUGCUGGAACUGCUCUGAAUCUGACUUCAGGAAGAACGCGUUUUAACUGCACAGUGUCCUGGAAUAGACACUCUGUUUUGGGAAAGAAGGGAACUGAGUUCCCUCCCAUUUUCCACUUUCCUGAUGUUCCAAAUGACCAGUACCCUGGAGUUAUGAUUUGUGUUGUUGUCAGGAUUCUAACUGGAGUGUAACUGACCUAAGAAUUCUGUAGAGCAGUUGCUGCUGUGGCUGGCUGGCUGCUCAGGCGAACGUCAGCUCAAAUACCUGCCCUGUUCCUGGCACGCUAGACUGUAGCUGAGGAAGGCAUUUCACGUAAGUUUAUGGAUUAAACAUUCCUCACUAUGCCAUCAGCUGUGUUUAUGCUCAGUGGGAAAAGAUAGGUGCAGUAAAGGUAAAGGGACCCCUGACCAUUAGGUCCAGUUGUGACCGACUCUGGGGUUGCGGCGCUCAUCUCGCUUUAUUGGCCGAGGGAGCCGGCAUACAGCUUCCGGGUCAUUAUUAAGCCGCUUCUGGCGAACCAGAGCAGCGCACAGAAACGCUGUUUGCCUUCCCGUCGGAGCGGUACCUAUUUAUCUACUUGCACUUUGACGUGCUUUCGAACUGCUAGGUUGGCAGGAGCAGGGACCGAACAACGUGAGGUCACCCCGUCGCGGGGAUUCGAACCACCAACCUUCUGAUCGGCAAGUCCUAGGCUCUGUGGUUUAACCCACAAAACAGCAAAAUCAUGAGCAGCUUCCCAUCCACAACAGGUUGCUGAGGUUCUGGCCAUUUUCACAGGAACAAUGCAACAGUAGAUUAAAUCAGUAGCAAUGUGCUGGAAGAAAGUAUGAGUGUCGGCUUCUCUGGAUCAGGUGUCUCUACCUAACCAGGGGGUGGGAGAGAGCAGGAACUUUUUCUUUUGCUGCUUCUUUCUGUGCAUGGAAUGCAGGAGGGAGGAUGUCCUUCAAUGACUUGACAUGCUUGUUAUUCCCUCUCUCACUGCAUCUUGUCUUCUCUUUUGUUUCCAGGAUGUCUGCCAAUGUCUCCCCUGGUCCCCUCCUCUCCAAACCCCCCCUGCAGGUGAAAGAAGGCUCCCUGGUAGUCAGAUGGCUGAGCUUAGCUUCCGGCCUCCAGCUAUCUACAUUCCUGGUGGAUAUUUUGGCCUUGCCGAUGUGCAUUGUGUCAACACUCAGUGUCAACUGGAGAGUGUGGCGUGUGGAAAACAUCAAGGGGAUUGGCUCUGGAAACAUCUGGAUUGGAAUCUGGGAUGUCUGCUUUUGGAAAGACCCUUCUAACGACGGCAACUCUUUUUGGCAUUGCGAAGAUCUCAAUGAGCAACAUCCAACCCUCCCGAGAGAAAUAUUUAUUGCACAGGAUUUAAUGGCAUUAGCUUCCAUUAUGAAUUCAGUGGCCCUAGGAUUAAUUUCAUUUGCCUUGUACAAUGUGUUCAAGCCCAGAAAACAUAAGGAUUUUCUCUUUCGCUUUUUUAGGCUUGGAGCUCUGCUGAACUUAGUUGCAGGGAUACUCGUCCUGAUUUCUGUGGUAUGGAACAUGUCUGCUGUCUUACAAAAUGGGAAAUUGACUUCCCUGAAACUUUUGAAUUGCCUCAAAUUCCCAGCGAGCAGCAUAUUGGACCUUCUAUUUAUCUAGGCUAUAUCGCUGCAGGUUUCCAGCUGCUGAGUGCAGCAUUGGUUGGGAUUGAGAGAUGUUGCAUCAGGACCACCACAACAGAUACAUCUCUAAUAGCAACUGUAGUGGUGAUUUCCCCGGGAAGUGCAGUGAAUAGCGAGAGUCUAACUACUUGUUCGAAGUGUGGUUCUUUGCUAGAUCUGGUAAUUCAAGAGAAAUCCUCCACAGUUGAGAUGGAGGAAAGCUGUGCAAAAGAUCUUGUCAUUCCCGAGGAAUCCUGGGCACUAGAGAUGGAGGAAAGCCGUACGCCCCAAAGCUCACCUGAAGGACAUCAAAGUCCACCUGAAGUCCC